GAGUUGAGCGAGCCCGCCAAGGAACCUGCCCGCCGCCGCCGCCGCCGCCGCCGGUGGUUAUAAGAGGCGCCUCUCCAGCCCCGCUUCCCCUCUUCUUCCUCCCCCUCCAGUUCCCAACCACUCCCCCCUCCGCGUCGAUCCAUCUCGUCCGGGGCGGCACGAAGCCGAAGCAGCUCGAGCGCUCGACGCGAGAGAACAGCGAAGCGAGCGCGGCCGGGUUGCCGGGAGCAGGAGCGCAGCUGACGCGGCGGCGAGACGGCGGGGAGGGAUGGACCGGCACGGCGGCGGCGGGGCCGGGGCGGGCGCUAAGCUGGCGCGGACCCCGUCGUCGCUGCUCCGCUCGCCGACCGUCCGCGCCGGCCCCGGCGCCGCGUCGUUCCACUUCCACGCGGCGCUCGACGACCCGGAGCCCGACGACAAGAAGGCGCAGGCGCCGCCGCUCGCCAGCAAGCCCGGGGCGCUGCUCCGCCGGGCCCACCACCGGCUCCUCCCCGUCCCGGCCCAGUCCGCGCUCCUCCUCCUCCUCCUCCCGGCCCUCGCGCUCGCCGCGCUGCUCCUGCGCGGCGGAGGCGGGGGCCACCACCUCGCGCUCCUGGCGGCCGCGGCGGGGGCCGCGCUCGCCGCCGCCGCGGCCGUCGCGCGGCUCCGCGCCAGCGGCGCCCGGGCACGGGCCUCCCCGGCGCGCCAGCUCGCGGCCUCCGUGCGGUGGUUCGUCGGCGAGGGGGAGGGCGGGGAGGAGCAGCAGCCGCGGGGGGCGGCGAGGAAGGGGAGGCGCGCGGCGGAGGCGCGGGAGGGCGUCGAGUUCUACAGCAACGGGGACCGCUACGAGGGGGAGUUCCACGGCGGGCGGUGCAGCGGCAGCGGCGUGUACAGCUUCUUCGGGAAGGGCAAGUACGAGGGCGACUGGGUGGGCGGCAGGUACGAUGGCUUCGGCGUCGAGAGCUGGGCGCGCGGCAGCCGGUACCGCGGCCAGUACAGGCAGGGCCUCCGCCACGGCCACGGCGUCUACCGGUUCCACAGCGGCGACUGCUACGCGGGCGAGUGGGCCGGCGGCCAGAGCCACGGCAUCGGCGCCCAGACCUGCUCCGACGGCAGCUCCUAUGCCGGCGAGUUCAAGGGCGGCGUCAAGCACGGCCUCGGCUCCUACCAUUUCAGGAACGGUGAUCGGUAUGCGGGGGAGUACUUUGCAGACAAGAUCCACGGUUUCGGUGUCUACACCUUUGCCAAUGGCCACAGUUACGAGGGCUCUUGGCACGAAGGGAAGAAGCAGGGGUUUGGGAUGUACGCAUUUCGGAAUGGUGAUGAGCGAGCAGGGGAGUGGGAUUCUGGAAUUCUGAAGAACUUAUUGCCUCUGUCAGACUCGGCUCUUCAGCGCGCCCUGCAGGCUGCUCGACGGGCCGCAGACAGCGCCGUUCACCUCCCAAGAGUGGAGGAGCAGGUGAACAAGGCCGUCAUGGCUGCAAACAGAGCAGCCACAGCUGCCCGAGUGGCUGCCAUCAAGGCAGUGCAGAACAGAAUCGAUGGCAAGCUCUGUUUCAUCGACGUGUGAAGUGUGUUCAAUCAAGAACUGUGCCCUUUCGCUUGUAAACUGUACAUUUAGCGUAGCGAAGAGCGGCAAUAACCAACUGCUGAGGUUCGCGACCGGAGCAGCACGACCGCUUGCUCCGUGUUGGAGAGAUCGGUAAGAUCGGCAGCCACCAAAGGGCUGAGCUGCUGUUGUCAAGACCGUCGAGAGGUUCGCGUCGUGCUAGAUUCUGAGAGCAAGGUGACCGUCUUCGUCAUCCUCCUUGUGCAGGCUGCUGUAGAUUGCAGAUAGUUCCAUCCAUGCGUAUCAAUGGUGGAGGCGGUGAUCUGUCAGUCAGUGGCUCUCUGUUGUAAUGUACGUGCAUUGUACAUGUACUGUGCUCUCUUCCUCUGUCAAGGGCGUCGGCGCCAAGGGUAGCUGGCCCUCGACUUCGAAGCUCGUAGGCACGGACGGUAUGAUCGCCCGGUGGUUGUUCCGGUCGAUCUAUGGUGAACAGGGGGGAGAUUAGGAAGAGAGAUAGGUUUGGGAAUGUGUUUGUAUUGCU